AUGGCCUCGACAUCGGCUGGACAGAAUGCGACUGCUAAACCCGACACCACAGUCGCCACAAACAACAAUCGGGAACGCGAGCGUGACUUGAAGCAGUUCACCGAGAGAUUUGUCAAGACCGUCCAAUUUCCGGUAUCCGAGCGGCUCACCGUUGACCAGGUUUAUGAUCGGCGGACCGGGAAACCAAGGCAUGAAGUGCUUCGUGAUCACUUCAUUAAGGAGGGACGGAUAGAAGAGGAAGCGGCGAUUCGCGUGAUUCAGGAGUGCACGAGUCUGUUCCGCAAUGAGAAAACGAUGCUGGAAAUCGAGGCGCCUGUCACUGUUUGUGGAGACAUUCACGGUCAAUUUUACGAUCUCAUGAAGCUAUUCGAAGUGGGAGGAUCUCCAGCGACGACCAAAUAUCUGUUCCUGGGAGAUUACGUCGAUCGAGGAUACUUUUCCAUCGAGUGCGUCCUCUAUUUGUGGGCACUCAAAAUCUGCUAUCCAAACACGCUGUUCUUGCUUCGAGGAAACCACGAAUGCCGUCAUUUGACCGAGUAUUUCACUUUCAAACAAGAAUGCAAAAUCAAGUAUUCCGAACGGGUCUACGAUGUCUGCAUGGAGUCGUUCGAUGCGCUUCCGUUGGCGGCGUUGAUGAAUCAACAGUUCCUGUGUGUUCACGGUGGACUCUCACCCGAAAUUCAUACUCUUGAGGAUAUCAGGAGGAUAGAUAGAUUCAAGGAGCCACCGGCAUUCGGUCCGAUGUGCGAUCUUCUCUGGUCGGAUCCUCUUGAGGAUUUCGGAAACGAGCGGAAUUCCGAACAAUUUAGUCACAAUUCGGUUAGAGGAUGCUCCUAUUUCUACAGCUACGCCGCGUGCUGUGACUUCCUCCAACAUAACAAUCUGCUCUCGAUCAUUCGUGCUCACGAGGCUCAAGAUGCUGGAUACCGCAUGUAUCGCAAGUCUCAAGCCACCGGCUUCCCGUCGCUUAUCACAAUCUUCAGUGCGCCAAACUAUUUGGAUGUGUACAACAACAAAGCUGCGAUUCUGAAAUACGAGAACAAUGUGAUGAACAUCCGUCAGUUCAACUGUAGUCCACAUCCAUACUGGCUUCCGAACUUCAUGGACGUCUUCACAUGGUCAUUACCAUUCGUUGGAGAGAAGGUCACCGAAAUGCUGGUCCACAUCCUCAACAUUUGUUCUGACGACGAGCUGAUGGCAGAGUGCGACGACACUUUCGAAGGUGGCGUUCCAUCGGCUAGAAAGGAGGUCAUCCGUCACAAGAUUCGUGCAAUUGGAAAGAUGGCUAGAGCUUUCUCAGUUCUCAGAGAGGAAUCCGAGAGUGUGCUCGCAUUGAAAGGACUCACACCGACUGGUGCACUUCCGGCUGGAACACUUCAAGGUGGAUCACGUGGAAUCAGAGAAGUGGCCGCCGUCUCCGGAGUCGAUCAAGGACACACUAUCCAAACAUUCGAAGAAGCUCGCCGUCUCGAUAAAAUCAACGAAAGAAUGCCACCAACAAUGGCGACACCGCCAGCUCAAUCACCAUCUCAAUCGCCAAUUCCAUCACGGCAAACAACUCCACAACCACCUCAAAAUGGACCAUCGAAUAGUUCAUAG